GCGAGUUGUAGGUUCUUACUCGUUUUAUUUCGUUGACUUUUUUUUAUUCCUUCUCAUUGGCCUAUUUAUAGAAAUAAAAAGGAUAUAAACUUUCAACAAGGUAUCGUCCUCGUGAGCGAACAGUGUGAGGAGACGAUUCACGAUGGGGAAUAAGGCAAAUCUGAUCUUCUUAUGGGCUAUGCUCGUUGCAGUAGUCGCCAUGGCCAAGGAGCAUCGUCCCUUUGAGCGGACUAAGGGCAUCAAUGGUCUCGAGAAGAUCAUCGUCCGCGACCGUCGCGGUCGAUCUUUCGAGGUUUAUUUGUAUGGAGGUCAAGUGACUUCUUGGAAGAAUGAGAAAGGAGAGGAUUUACUUUUUAUGAGUACCAAGGCUAUAUUCAAGCCUCCAACACCUAUUCGUGGAGGGAUUCCAGUAUUGUUUCCGCAAUACGCUAACACUGGUCCACUUCCCUCACAUGGGUUUGUCAGACAAAGGUUCUGGGAAAUUGAUGCUAAUCCACCUCAUUUACCAUCACAUCCUUCUUCUGGUGCUCACGUUGACCUCAUCCUAAAAUCAUCCGAAGCUGAUUUGAAGAUCUGGCCUAAUAAAUUUGUAUAUCGCCUGAGAGUAGCAUUGGGGCAUGGUGGAGACUUGACUUUGACGUCUCGUGUUAAAAACUCUGAUGUAAAGCCGUUUAACUUCACUGUUGGUCUUCACCCCUAUUUCUCUGUUUCCGAUAUCAGUCAAAUCCAGGUGGAAGGAUUGCAAAAUUUGGAUUAUCUUGACCAACAAAAGAACAGAACACGUUUCACUGACCAUGGCAAAGUUAUAACUUUUAAUUCUCAGCUUGACAGGCUUUACCUGAGGACUCCAAAAAAGAUCAGAAUCGUGGACCACAAUAAAAAGAAGACAAUCGUGGUACACAAGGAAGGAUAUGCUGAUGCAGUGGUGUGGAAUCCAUGGGAGAAGAAAGUGUCCGAUUUGGGAGUUGAAGAUUACAAACGUUUUGUUGCUGUGGAACCCGUUGCGGUCGAGAAACCGAUCAUAUUGAAACCUAGACAAGAGUGGAAAGGAGUACUCCAAGUCUCUGUGGUUCCUUCUGGUUGCUCCAGAAAGCCAUGCAUUCCACAUACUUAAAAACUUAAAAAUGUUCUUGAAGAUAUACUUUAUGUUACAGAAUCGUAUGUGAACUAGUCAGGAUUCAUACCGGACCUUACCAGUGUAUUUGUUUUGUAACUUUAGUAUUCUUGGAUCAUUAUAUCUGCAAUAAUUGAUAUUUUCAAUAAGAAUUUCAAUUUUAUUUCUCUA